AUGAUCCCUUACGACCCCGGGAAAGAUGAAUUGAAUAGGGGAAAAUCAACAAAUUCAAAUUGGUGGCAUAAGUGCGUUCGAUUUAUAAAGAGCAUCAACGACUUCGAGGAGCAACCAGAGGAGCACUCGCGAGUGGGUUCAAAGAACGAUCACGUGUUAACGUACGACCCGUCCGUUUCGGAACAUUUCCACGCGCUCAAAAUCCUUGGUCGGACGAUUACUUUCGUCAAGAAUGUGAGUUUGCUCUUAGCGGUGGUCGUUCUGGCGACGCUGGCGGUGACGCGGACGAACAUCGUGAUCGUGACGGAAACGGAACCUUCGUUUGAAAGAUACGAGUACUUGAGAUCAAAUUCUGAACGGUAUUUACAACUUACGUGCGCGACACAAAACGACACUUUGACGUUGGGGAGUUUCACGGAGGGGAUUUUUGAACAGAGCGACGCGUGCGAGUGGCUAUACGCCAACGCGGCGAAGACGUACCAAUCUGCGAGAGACGUUGGAUUCUUAACGGUGAACGCUCGCGAUGGUUUUUUGGUCCGGAAAGGGAAGUGGCGGGACGUGAACGCGUGCGCGAUGAUUGGACAGGGAGAGGCGUGCGAAGCCGCGGUUGAAAUGUGUGCGGUCGGGAAGCGAUUGCUGACGAAUACGAUGACGGAUUUCCACGCCAGUUUGUUCCCGCUCAAUCGCCUGGCGGAGGAGGAGUUUUUGAAUUCCGUAAUCAAAGCGCAGCUGAACGCGAGCGUGACGGCAAAUUUGGCGAGCAUUCGAGCCCCGACGCAGAUGUUGAAUUUGUGGGCGAACAAUAACAUCCCGAGAUUAGGCGCGUUUAUGCAGAUGCAUAAAAACGCGAUUCAAGCGAUGCGAGUGAAGUCAGGGCAAGACGCGCCGCUGACGAGCGUGUUUGAGAAAGAGUGCGCAAGAGUGACGUCGACGAGCGAUCCUUGCGUGGCUGCGGAUUUAGGCAACGGCGUGUGCGAUAAGAAGUGCAACAUGGCGGAAUGUUUAUUCGAUGGUGGCGAUUGUUUCAUCGCGGACGAAAGCAUUUGGCCGACGAAACAAACGUUCACGACGGACGCGAAUACCGAUCCGAUUGAGGAGAAAGAGUCAUACAUGUCCUACAGCGCGUUUGCGGCGAAAGUGAGCAGUUUAAACGAAAAGUACGACGAGUCAACCGUCAACGCGGCGUUUAAUCCUUCGAACGCGGACGGGUGGGACGUUCGUUACGUGCCGGUAAUUUCCGCUCCUGCGAAUUUACACGCAAGCUUCGAUACCGCUUCGGUGUUUUCGGUUCUAGGAUCCGAAUCGCGCCGAUUCAAUUAUUGCGGUAACCCGGCGGAGUGGUCGAACGUGAAAGUUGUCGAACGAGACCCUUCGCGCCAAAUGAGCCAAGCGCAAUUUGCGGUCGCGUUUGCCGCCGUCGAACAGUAUUUCAACUUUCCGCACGUUGUCGCCAACGCGAGCGUGACUAAACCGGAGAGAAGCGGGGAGUGGAAAUUGCCGCUCUUGUUGAACUAUUUAGCCGCGUGUGACUUGGAAAUUCGGACCAUGAGUCUUAAAAUGUUCACUUCGUUAAACUCAACGGAGACGAAAAUCUGGUCGCAAUGGAUCGAACAAGUCGGCACAGCGCUCGAACGCGCGUGCGGCGACGUCAACGAACACUGGCGCAAAACCGAAAAGCUUACAGAACUGUGCGAGGAUUUGUCCUUUUGGAAAUUUUCUUCCUCUUUGAGCAUAAAUACCUUCAUCAUGUAUUACUUCUUCGAGGUUUCGUAUUUCGCCGAGUCGGCGAUUGAGAACUCGGGCUCGUUGUACAUGAUGGGCCUGGAUCUUGGAUUGAAAAAGAACGAGACGCACGGAUGGGCGGUGUAUCCCAUAACAUCGUACGAGAAAUACUUUGAGUACGCGAACGUGUUGUCGUGCACGUAUUCGGAAGACCAAAAACCAAGUCUCGGAAUGUUUAUAACGGUUCUUUUAGGUCUGUACGGUGGAAUCAGCGUAUUCGCGCAAAGCGUAGGCGUUGCCACGUACAACGCGAUGCGUGUAUUAAUCUUAAGAAAGAGCAACCGUCAUCAUCAUCAAAGUGGUACCUUAUUACCUCCAGUCAAGUAG